CCAGGAUAGGUGCGCGCUCACGGCUCACUCAAAUAGACCCCGCCACAGAUCACAGAUUAACUGAUUUACCAUGGCAACUAGAGCCGCGUACUUUUCCCCGUCGGAAGCACAAAUCCUCAUGGAGGCAUACGAGGAGGUAAAAUAUAUAAUUAAGAAGAAAGGCAACACCGCCACAGUGAUAAAGCAAAGAGAAAAAGCGUGGCAAAGUAUUGCAGACCGCCUGAAUGCAUUAAACAUGAACGGGCCAAAACGGACAUGGCAGCAGGUCAAAAUCAAAUACAAGAACAUUCUGCAGAAUGCAGUGAAAAAGAAUACCCACAGACAAGGCACGGGUGGUGGGUCACCAAAGGCUGACCUUACCCCAGCAGAGGACAUGGCCUUGGAGCUAAAUAAAGGCAGGCCCGUCUUAGAGGGGAUCCCUGGGGGGAAAGAGACGAGCAUAGGUUCCUCCCAAGAUGCCACCCGCUUCAUUCAAGUGCCUGGCAGCACUGUGUUCCUGUUAGAGCCACCAGCACAAGCACCAGACGAUGCUGAUCCAGGUGAAAGCCCCAGUGCAGCAGCAACAGCACAUGAUGGAGACGAUGAUGAGGAGGAGACCAUCUCUCUGGAUUCCAGAAGGCAUGAGGACCCAGAUGCUAUACAGUGGGAAAACCAGCCUGGCAACAUAAGCUCACAAGCUAUCAGAAAGUUGUAUGGCAACCACCUCCGGCGCCAAAUAGAACUGGCAGACAUAGACAUUCAGUACAAGAAGAAAAAGAUGGAAAAUCUUGCACUGGAGUCCGACAUAAAAAAAAGAGGACAAUUAGGAAACUGGACCUUGAAAUAAAAAAACUUGAGAGGGAGGUGAGAUAUGCCUUCAAUGUACACUGUAUGCUAACUGUAACACAAAUGUAUUAAUCAUUAUUUUUCUUUCCUCCCCCAGCUCCAAGAAGAUGACACAGCUCAAAAUAAAAAUGAGCAAUCAGUACAACCAAGUCAUCGUUAUAAGGCACCGGCCUCUUUUGCCCACCCCCCCAGCACCAGGUGUGGCCACUAGCCUAUAUGAAGGCCCAAAAUUGUGUGUUCCUUUCUGCUCUGACAAUGGCAUGCCCAUUCUUGCGAGAUGUGGUGGAUGAAGAAGCACUUGUGCUGAGGAGAGCCUUCAGGCGAGAA